CAUGCGCACAACAGACCUCCACGCCACAUUUCCCCGCCUGGACUCCUUCCAUGAAAAGCCUGCACGGUUUUUUUACCUGUUCAAUGUAAACACAAAAACGUGGUGUUUCCACACAUUCUGGUUGCAUUUCUUCCACAAGAAACGCCUGUGCUUCAUUCGGGGAUUUAGAAAGCACCUAUUUGGAGGUCCAGCUGAGGUGGAAGCUGCAUCUCUAACCCCAGCUCCUGCUCCUCGCUCACUAUGGCAAGUGAAGAGAAGAAGCCAGAGACUGAAGCGACUAAAACACCGACAGCAUCCGCUGCUUCGGCCAGUCAGAGUAAAUCUGCACCCGCAAAGCCUAACUACACACUGAAGUUCACCCUCGCCGGCCACACAAAGGCGGUCUCCUCUGUCAAGUUCAGUCCAAGUGGAGAAUGGCUGGCCAGCUCGUCUGCUGAUAAACUUAUCAAAAUAUGGGGUGCGUACGAUGGGAAGUUCGAGAAGACAAUAUCCGGACACAAGCUUGGGAUCUCUGACGUGGCCUGGUCCUCUGAUUCUAACCUCCUGGUCUCGGCAUCCGAUGACAAAACCCUGAAGAUCUGGGACGUCAGCUCUGGAAAAUGUCUGAAAACCUUGAAGGGCCACAGCAACUAUGUGUUCUGCUGCAAUUUCAACCCUCAGUCCAACCUCAUCGUGUCUGGAUCGUUCGACGAGAGCGUCCGGAUAUGGGACGUGAAGACGGGAAAGUGUCUGAAAACGUUGCCGGCUCACUCGGACCCCGUGUCUGCGGUCCAUUUUAACAGAGAUGGCUCUCUGAUAGUGUCCAGCAGCUACGAUGGCCUGUGCCGUAUUUGGGACACAGCAUCAGGCCAGUGCCUUAAAACACUCAUCGACGACGACAACCCCCCUGUGUCCUUUGUGAAGUUUUCCCCCAAUGGCAAAUACAUUCUGGCUGCCACACUGGAUAACACCCUGAAGCUUUGGGAUUACAGCAAAGGAAAGUGCUUGAAAACAUACACCGGCCACAAAAAUGAGAAAUACUGCAUAUUCGCGAAUUUCUCCGUCACAGGUGGCAAGUGGAUCGUCUCGGGCUCAGAAGACAACAUGGUUUACAUCUGGAACUUGCAGACUAAGGAGAUUGUACAGAAACUGCAGGGUCACACAGAUGUGGUGAUCUCGACCGCCUGCCAUCCGACAGAGAACAUCAUUGCGUCGGCAGCACUAGAGAACGACAAGACCAUCAAGCUGUGGAAGAGCGACUGCUAAGCUGAAACACACGCAGGCGUUAUUUUAUUAUUGUUUCUCUUUUCUUUUCUUUUUUUACACAUUUGUAUUAUUUUUUUUUCCCUUUUUUUGGUUCUGGGGGGACGACGAAGGACAUUUAUUACAAGGAACACGACGCCGGGCCGAUUAUGUCCAUCAUCACUUGGUCUUUGCAGGAACAACGGCGUACGCACGUGGGUGCAGAGAGACUUAAAAACAAACAAACAAACAAACAAAUCACACACACGCACAUACUACUUGUUUUAAAAACCGUGUCUGCACAAAAAUACUCCCUUUAUGUAUAACUCUGCCUUACGUAACCAUGAGCUGUUCCCCUUGUUUGAUCUAUUAAACUCCUCAGCGCUGACACGUGUAUAUUUUGGUCUCGUAGAUCUAGGCGGCUUCGAUUUCCUCUUCUAGUAAUGGGCUUUUCUCAUUUGUUUUGUUUUGUAGAAUGUGCUGGUUUUGUAUAUUAAUUCGAGUUAUCGGUGUGUCCGGUCGAAAAAUCACCAGCUCUCGCACUCAUUCUGGUGUGGUCUGGUUAUUCUCCGUCUGCCGGUGUUAAUCAUGUGCCUGAUUCAGUGCCAUUACAGAGGAGUUUAUUCAAAUCGGCUCCACAGUUCGAGGCCACGGUGUGAGAUGAUAGUUUUCUGUUUAGCGCUUUAAAAAAAGAAUAAAUCGGUUUGUUUUUUCACUUUUGUCAUUUUCAGUUCAGUGGGUCUUUUUCUGCUUUACCCACAAUGCCGCUUGAGUGCAAGCCGAUAGAUUCGUCUCGACUGAACGAGAGCGACGCAGUGGCCCUUUAUUCCUUUUCCCAAUUCUGGUGUUUGAGGGCGGACUUUUCUUUUAACGUUCAGACCUUUUCUACCGAAAGUGUUGUCUCGAACCUUCUGACUCUUCAUGUACGUUCAGAAAGUUUUCCUAUAUGAUGCGUCCUGAUGUAGGCCGUGAACAUUCAGUGUUUUGUCUUUUUGGUUUUGUAUAAAUGACGUCACACAAGCCAAAAAGUAACACAGAUUUGUGUUUGAGAUUUUUCUACAGUGUUGUGGUUUCAUUUUGAAGCCCAAUUCCUGGAACUGAACCAUUACUGACACGGAUUUGGCCUUGAUACCGAUUGUCCUGUAUGAAAAAUGGAGGUUCUGGCGUUACAAGUCAAAUAGAUUAGCUCGUUUGACUUGUAAGAAUUUUCCAAUUGGUUAUCGGAAUCGGUAUGAGACCGCAUUCAUUCAUUCAUUCAUUCAUUCAUUCUUCUGCAACAUGCACAUUCGUUUAUUCAGUGCUCAGACGAGAGAUUUAGUUUUUCUGUUUCUAGUUGCAUAUGUGAAAAAAAGUGACCAAAUAUCUUAGGUGGGCUUUAACACUGCCUCAGGUUUGUUUAACCUCCAUCCAGCUUCUCGGUUCAACCAGCUCGCUCUCUUCGUGGUCUUACUGUGUGUGCAGUGCUCUUAACGGUGGAUGAGUGUCGUAAUUUCCUGCGCAGUCAAAGUUGGUGUUAAUCCAAUCUCUGUUGUGUUCUUUCUCUCUUUCUUUUCUUCUUUCUCUGUUGAGUUUCCGUGUGAUCUCAAGGGCUGCAUGAGAAACUGGACUUGACCUGUGACUCAGAGUUGUACUUCUUUUUGUUUUUGUUUUUUUGUUGUUAUACCUGUACCAGUGUAGGAUUCUUGUCCAGACGGCGUCUGGGUGCGAGGUCCGACGUCGACGUAUCAUGCUGUAAAUACUCAGCUGGUUCUGUGAAACAGGUUCGAGCUGCAUUUGGUCAUUUUAAUUUAUCUGUUCAAUAUAAAUUGGUAUCAAUGAAUUUUUAAUAAAAUAUGGAUACUUUUUUUUUUUUGGCAUCUA